UCUAGUCCUUGGUUUGUUUUUGUUUUAUUGGGUUGAACGUAUCCCGUUAUUGUGCAGUCCAAAAAGAAUUCCGAUGGCAACCGUGGCUAAAUGCAACCACAGCGUCCUCGACCUGGUGACCCAGCUGGCCACAAUGCUGGAGGCGGAGGGCCUGGAGCCCAAUGUUCCCACAGCUGCGAUGGUGGCCAAGCGGCGCAUCAAAAUAUACGAAGCUUUGCUGCUCGGCGGGACGAUGUCCACCCAGGAGAAACUGGAGAUGCUCGAGCAGGUGAGCGAUGAGGUGGCCAAGAACCCUAAACAGCGCGAGAUGCUGCACAGCAUCCAGAAUUUGUUGGAAGGACGGGAAGAAGAGGUUUCUCAGGAGCAGAAGCAAAAUGAAGAAAACUUAUCCAAAAAUAGAAUUAGAGUGCUACAACCGGGUGUACUGCAGCUUCACAAAACCGAGGAGCUUCUGCUAAAGGAAUGUCCCAAGUCUCUAAACUCUCUGGACCAAAUGCAGCGCGCUUUGAAGCCACUGCAACUGAAGCCGUACUCUAAUCUCCUCAUGAGCAGAUUCAAAAAGGAGACGACCCCAAGGUGGCCACGACCCAAGAUCAACCCAGCUUACUUAAAAUUUUCCGCCAUAGCGGAAUCCAUGUCGCGCAUGGAAGAUUUCAAUAUUUCCCCAAUGAACCCACCGCCCCGAUUGCCAGUCAUCAAGAAAAAGAGCCCACCUCCUGAGAAGCCACCGCCCUUUGUAGCCAACCCUGGACCAGAGAAGUAUUUUAUUUCUGACCAAAUGAUGACCAAUGAACUGAAGCUCCUCCAGAACAAAGAACUGGAGCUCAGCUAUAUAGAGGAAUCAAUCUUCAUUGUUCAUCUAAAAAAAGCAGCUGCAGGCCUUCAAUCUGAGACAAUCCUAAGUUCUCCAAAGGAUGAGUUAGAGUUGGUAUUCCGACCCAACACCACAUUACGUUCUGUGCUGCCAGAGGUGCUAGAAGCUUUUGCACAUCCUUUUCUGCGUUCAGGCAGUGCCUUUCGGCGAUUGAGUGCGCGCGUCAGAUGGAAUCGGAACACCAAAUCUCGCGUAGAAAGGCCUCUAAAUCGGGCCAUGCGAGAGGUCCUGGCAGAUUUCCUAGCUACGAGUCGACAGUUUCUCCUCACGCAAACCGUGGAUAACCUUCCCCAGCUGCUGGACAACACGCGUCUUGCCAUGCAGCUGCUCUGUCAAGUGGAAAUUAUGUUCAAGAAUGAGCCAAGAUUAAACCUUGAUACUGGGGUAUCUGGCUCCUUCCUGCUAAGCUGCAUCUGGGUGGCCAUCGACACCUGUGGCAAUAGUGACUUCCUGCAACUGCUCAUCUAUUUGCUGCGCUGCAUCUCCCAAACGUACUUCAUCCAGCUCCAAAAAUGGAUCUACAAGGGCGAACUGGAUACGGCAGUUAACGAGAUUUUUAUCACACGCUGCAUAAAUACUUCGCCAGCUUUGCUAGACGAGUGCAGCAAGGAAUUCUUCGAUAGGGGCUACCAAGUAGUGGACGAUGCGAUUCCAGAUUUCUUGACCGGCUGCGAGCAGGACAUCCUCCAGUGUGGCAAUUACAACCAGGUGCUCAAGGCUUACAAAGCUCAGCACCCCAUAUUUGAUGUGAAGUACCCAGAUCUAGUGGUCUGUCUAACAGAGCAGCAGCUUAAAGAGAUGCGUCGCAACCUAGCGGAAAGGUAUGCAGAUAUCUACCAGCAAUUUGGAUGGUGCAGCAUGCAAAGCAUUUUUGAAGAACGGAUGGCCGCUAAACGAAACUUCGCAAACAUCAUGGUGAAACGCACCCAGGCCCAUUUGGACGCCUGGGAAAACGAGCAACGUGAACUACUGCUUAAGGCGAACGCCCAGAAGAAAAUCAUGUACGAUAAACUCAAUGCGGAGAUAGAACAGGAUCAUCAAAAUCGCCUUGAGAAGCGGCGACAGGAGAUUGUCAAUGAGCUUGCUUUUCAGCGCGAAAGUGAACGGUUGGAGGAUAUGCGGCUAGAGCUGGAAAAGCAAGAGUUGCAGAAGAAAGUAUCACAGCUGGCUGGCAAAUCGGCUGAAAAAGAAACUCAUGAAGCGGCGAGUCCGGACCAGAGCACUUUUAGCGACCUCAGUUUUACAUCCUGUCUCGAAGAACCCGAUGAUCGAGCAGAUUCGCCCUCGCAAAAAGACGAUGAGAAAACGGACAAGGUUGAGGAGAAGCCAGCUGAAGAUGAAAUGAAACAACCACAAACUGUGGGAUCGGAAAGUAUUGCAAGUGUGGAGCCUGAGCAAUCAGUCGUGGUAGAACCAGAACUUUCAGUUCCCAAUGCAGUUCAAUACCAACAAAGUCACUCGGAUGUUCUGAACUCCAAUGAGCCAGCCUUCAAAACCGAACUUGAUCGAAAUCGCCAGCACAUUCUUUCCUCGGAUCAAAUUCAGGAGUGUCAAACGAUUGUUCAUCUUAAACAGUCGGAUUCAGUCGGAGUUCAAUACCUACGAAGUCACUCGGAUGUUCUGAACUCCAAUGAGCCAGCCUUCAAAACCGAACUUGAUCGAAAUCGCCAGCACAUUCCUUCCUCGGAUCAAAUUCAGGAGUGUCAAACGAUUGUUCAUCUUAAACAGUCGGAUUCAGUUAAAACCAGCACGGGAUCAGGAUUGCACGCUCAACUUCCCCCAGACAUCAAUGCCAAUCUAAAUCGCCCGGAAACAAAAGAGCUGAGUGAUCUACAGCGGAACCGCCUGCGGAGCCAGCACCACGAUGGCUUCUGCAGCUUUAACUCAACCGAGGAUGAACACAUUCAGCGAUUGCGCACUCAAGUGCAAUCGGAUUCAGAACGUGCCCGGAAUAGACGGCGCGUUUUGGGCAGCGAAUACGAUAUAAUCGUGGGCGAUAAGGUUGAAAAACGCUUGCCUCGUCUUCCGCUGGAACUUAACAAGCUGCAUGUUGAAGUUCCUUUGGCGGCGCUAACACCCAUGUCCACCACCUCCGAUGUAGAUGUGUUUGGCUUGUCACCCAAAGAAAUACCAGAACAAGAUGAUAACGAUGCUGCUAAUAAUAACAAUAUUAGUGUAAAUAGUGAAAAGUCUUAUGCGGAGUCUCCAGGGCACGAACUUGUAAUUUUUAAACCAGUCGGUUCAUCACCCGAAUCGCUUAGACCGACUUUGCAUCUGCCCUCUCGCUUUGGAAUGGGAAUGGAGUUGGAACAGGAAACGACCUUGCCCAUUUUACCGGAGGCCUGCAAUCCUUUCAUGGCCCGCCGCUGUCUGCAGCUUUCCGUAAUGGCUCCUGUAAAUGCACACUAUGCACUGCUUCGAAACGAGGUGCUACGGAUCUUCCAGGAGCUUCGUAUCUAUGAGCAUUUCCGCAAGUUGAGGAACUACUUUUUCCUACUUGACGGACAGUUUGGAACAUUACUUACAAACGAUAUCCUGGAAAGAAUUAAGGCGGGCAUUGAUCCACGAAGCAUUUGUCAGAAGGGAAUCCUGGACACAAUGCUAACGAAUGCCUUGGCUGCGUGUCCGGCGGAUGAGACCACGGUAUCCCAGAAUCUCACUCUCAACUGCACAAACAUACCGGAAACGCUUAGUUUCAUGUCGGUGGAAGCCACUUCAUUCCUAACACUUGACUGCAAGGUGGAUUGGCCAUUAAAUCUGGUGAUAAGCUCGGAGACUUUGGUCAAAUAUGCACAGAUUUUCAGGCACUUACUAAAACUACGCCAUGUUAGCUAUGUUUUGGAAGGCACCUACGAGUAUUUGCAACAAGUAGGCAAGCUUCUUGGACCGGAACUCCGGACAGCUGCUCAUUUUCGGCAUCUGCAGAUGGUGCGACACAAGUUGUCGCACUUUAUGACCUCGUUGCAGACACAUUUAGUGGGCAAAGCCCUGCAAGCCACCUGGAGGAGCUUUAAGGAGGCGCUGUGCAACGUCGAUUCCAUCGAGGGAUUGUACAAGCAGCAUGCUGUGUAUUUAAAGCGGGUCGCCUUCUUAGCUCUCCUUAAUCGGAGGAGUGCCAAGGUUAAAGAAACAAUUGAUAAUAUCCUUGUUAUUGUGCUACGUUUUUGCAAAGUCAUUCAGUCGCAAUCAUUUGUAAUGGAUCAAGAUAAUAAGUUUGUGCACCCCCGCUUUAAACGCCUUAUGCAGGAGGAAUCCGAGUUUGAAAAGUUCAUGCAGUAUCUCAUAUAUUUGGGCAACAAAGCGGCCGCAUCUGGUUACCAGGAGGAAAUCGGAGACCUCAUAUGUAUUAUUAAUUUUAACAACUACUACAAGGUAUCUGAGGAUAAUUCUAGAUCCCAAACGAAAACUUAAAACGUCUUAAAAUAAAACUGUGAAGGGUAUCGUAGGUAGGAAAUUGUUUUUGCAAGUAUUGUGCGCUUAGAAAGACAUUUAAUAAUAUUAACGAAAGAAUUACAGCCUGAGUGUCCGAAUAAGCUUUGUUAACAUAAAGUUAGAAAUGUAAUUUAUAUGCUAGAACGAAAAGAAUUUAUGUUUUGUUUUAGUUUAUAUAAUAAGAAUAAAAAUUACAUAUUAUUUAUUAAAAGGGCAAAGCAGGAAAUGUGAAGAUAAUUUAUGAUUACGCUUAAUUUCCAAAUACAAUUGCCCAAGAAUUAUAUUAUUUAUCUUAACAUUUUUCAUAUCACAAAUGAAUGAUACAAAGAAAAUCGGUACCUAAUUGUUAAGAAGCGCGGUUUUAAAUUAAAGCUAAGGAGAGUGUCUGUUGAAAAUAUCAUUUUGGUCGUGCGUCCAUACAUUUGUUCUUUAAACGCUUGCCAUGAAAUAUUAAAUAAAUGUAUA